CGAGCGCUGGGCGCAGCCGAGCCGGGCGGCGACCACAGGUGCCCGCGGCCGGGACCCUGCCGAGCCCGGCAGCGCCCCGCGCCGCGCCCCGCGGCCCCCCAUCCGGCCUGGCCCUUGACCCCGGCCCCCGGCCCGGCCCUGACCCUGGACCUCCGACCCUGGCAGUGACCCCCGAUCCCGGACCCCGGCCCCGGACCGAAGCCGAUCCUGGACCCCGAUCCCCGACUCUGGACUCCGACCCCGGACUCCGGACCGGCCCGUCCGACAUGACGGGGCCGGAGGACCAGGAGUUCGACUUUGAUUUCCUUUUCGAAUUUAACCAGAGCAACGAGGGCGUCCCUGGCGUGGCCCCAGAGCACUACAGCUACGCGCCCGCCCACGUCGGGCCCGGCCUGCCGCUGCCGCCGGCGCACCCCUCGCUGCCGGCUCCCUGCCACGACCUGCAGACGUCGGCCCCGGGCCUCCCAGCCGCCGCCGCCGGCCACCCCUCGGGGUACGGAGCCGCCGUGGAUGGCGGGCCCCCGGGCUACUUCCUGCCUUCCAGCCACGUCAGGCCCAACGGCGCCCCGGCCCUGGAGAGCCCGCGCAUCGAGAUCACCUCCUACCUGGGGCUGCACCACGGCAACAGCCAGUUCUUCCACGACGCGGACGUGGAGGACGUGCUGCCGGGCCCCAAGCGGCCGCCGCCCACGGCCACGCUGAGCCUGCCGCACCUGGAGGCCUACCGGGACCCCUCCUGCCUGAGCCCGGCCAGCAGCCUGUCCUCCCGCAGCUGCACCUCCGAGGCCUCGUCCUACGAGUCCAACUACUCCUACCCGUACGCGUCCCCGCAGACCUCGCCCUGGCAGUCGCCCUGCGUGUCCCCCAAGACCACGGACCCCGAGGAGGGCUUUCCCCGCGGCCUGGGGGCCUGCGGCCUGCUGGGCUCGCCCCGGCACUCGCCGUCCGCCUCGCCCCGCGCCAGCGUCACCGAGGAGAGCUGGCUGGGCGCCCGCGGCUCCCGGCCCUCCUCGCCCAGCAACAAGCGCAAGUACGGCCUCAACGGGCGGCAGCCGUCCGGCUCGCCGCUCCCCUCGCCCGCGCCGUCCCCGCAAGGCUCGCCGCGCGUCAGCGUCACGGACGACACCUGGCUGGGCAGCGCCACGCAGUACACCAGCUCCGCCAUCGUCGCCGCCAUCAACGCCCUGAGCACCGACGGCGGCCUGGACCUGGGCGACGGCGUCCCCGUGAAGGCCCGCAAGACGGCCCUGGACCACGCGCCCUCCGUGGCCCUCAAGGUGGAGCCGGCGGGCGAGGACCCGGGGCCCGCGCCGCCCGCCUCCGACUUCGCGCCCGAGGAGUUCCCGCCCUUCCAGCACAUCCGCAAGGGCGCCUUCUGCGAACAGUACCUGUCGGUGCCGCAGCACCCCUACCCCUGGGCCCGGCCCCGGUCCCCCACCGCCUACGCCAGCCCGACGCUCCCCGCCCUCGACUGGCAGCUGCCGUCGCGCUCGGGACCCUACGAGCUGAGGAUCGAGGUGCAGCCCAAGUCCCACCACAGAGCCCACUACGAGACGGAGGGCAGCCGGGGAGCCGUGAAGGCGUCGGCGGGGGGCCACCCCAGCGUGCAGCUCCACGGCUACCUGGAGAGCGAGCCGCUCACGCUGCAGCUGUUCAUCGGGACGGCGGACGACCGCCUGCUGCGGCCACACGCCUUCUACCAGGUGCACCGCAUCACGGGCAAGACGGUGUCCACCACCAGCCACGAGGCCGUGCUGUCCAACACCAAGGUCCUGGAGAUCCCGCUGCUGCCGGAGAACAGCAUGCGCGCCAUCAUCGACUGUGCCGGGAUCCUGAAGCUCCGGAACUCGGACAUCGAGCUGCGCAAGGGGGAGACGGACAUCGGCAGGAAGAACACGCGCGUGCGGCUGGUGUUCCGCGUCCACAUCCCGCAGCCCAGCGGCCGCACGCUGUCGCUGCAGGUGGCCUCCAACCCCAUCGAGUGCUCCCAGCGGUCGGCCCAGGAGCUGCCCCUGGUGGAGAAGCAGAGCGUGGCCAGCUGCCCCGCCCUCGGCGGGAAGAGGAUGGUCCUGUCCGGCCACAACUUCCUGCAAGACUCCAAAGUCAUUUUCGUGGAGAAAGCGCCAGACGGCCACCACAUCUGGGAAAUGGAGGCGAAGACCGACCGAGACCUGUGCAAGCCAAACUCGCUGGUGGUUGAGAUACCGCCGUUCCGCAACCAGAGAAUCACCAGCCCCGUCCAGGUCAGCUUCUACGUCUGCAACGGGAAGAGGAAGAGAAGCCAGUACCAGCCCUUCACCUACCUGCCUGCCAAUGUUCCAAUCAUAAAAACAGAGCCCACCGACGACUACGAGCCGGCCCUGACCUGCGGUCCGGCGGGCCAGGGCCUGAGCCUGCUCCCGAAGCCCUGCUGCAGCCCGCAGCUGGCCCUGCCGCCCGACCCGGGCUCCUGCGUGGCGGCCGGCUUCCCGCCCUGUCCCCAGAGGAGCGCCCUGAUGUCGCCGCCGCCCAGCGCCAGCCCGAAGCUCCACGACCUGUCCUCCGCCCCCUACAGCAAGGGCAUGGCCGGCCCCGGCCACGGCCCCCUCGGACUCCAGCGGCCAGCCGGAGCGGCCCUCGCCAGCCCUGAGGCGCCGCGGCCCGUGGGCGCGCACCCCGGCUCCCCCCCGCCGCCGCCGCCCGCCCUGCUGCAGCCACAGGUGAGUCCACAGCUGAGCAGCAGCCGCCCCCCGGGGGGCCCGCCAGUGCUCUGUCCCCACAGCCCCGCCUCCGCGCUGCCGUCUGGCGCCCACGAGCCGACCUGUCUGCAGUCCUGCAGCGCAGCCCGCCCACCCGGGAUGGGCCACCAGCAGCCCCGCCUGCCGAAGGUUCCGGAAACCGAGCCUGCAGCCGCCCGGCCUCUGCCGCUGCCCGAGGUGCGUGAGGACAGUAAUCAGGGUCUGGCCCCCACUCCCGUAUCGGUCAAGCGAGAGCCUCAGGAGUUGGACCAGCUCUACCUGGACGACGUAAAUGAAAUCAUACGCAACGACCUCUCCAGCACCAACCCUCAUUCGUAGUUGGCGACGCCGGAGCUCGCCAGAGGCUGCGUGGUGUCGACCCAGCGGGCGACGGUGGCGGUUCGACACGCAGGCUUCUGGCGGAACAAACUGAACACACCUGGUACCGCUCAGAACUUCCAACUCACUGAAGGGUCACUGCACAUGCAGAGAAGUAGCCCUUUAACAGGAAGGAAGGACCACUCCGUCUUCUGAAGGAAAAGUCAUCUCAAGAAGAAAAUACAGGGGUGGCGUGGGGUGACGGCAGGAGACAGACCCCCACGGCCGUGGCCCCGGGCGCCGCCGGACCCCGGUGCGCCCUGGGGCGCCCCUGGAUUCCAGUGCUGGAAGUGCCUUAUGUGACCCCAUCGCAGCGUCAGGGCAUCAUAGACGUGAGCAUUAAACUUGCUGCCAGGAAAGUAUUUGUAGGAACAAAGCUAUCACACCCUUUCACCAUGAGGCUUUAUCAAACUCUGUAUAAAUGAAGAGAAUCCUGGCACUCUAGGCCUUGUGAGGAAAACCUAACACGUUUCCUACUUUUUCCCGACUUCCUGGGCGGCUGUAACAUACAGUUUCGUUGCCUCAUUCAGUGCAUUUCAGAAAUCUCCCAGUUUGUCAUCUCAGCUCUUUCUCGUGUCUUUCCCUCCCUUGCGUUGACUAAAACCGUAGGAUUGUUCAUUGUAGCUAGGAUUUUGUUUUUAUCUGGCUUUGAACAUAGCACAAGUAGGUUGAAUAGCACAAGAUAGGUUACUGGACAAGAAAAGAAAUCUGUUCGCUGCAGGACAGGUGUUGCAUUUGCAUGUAUGUACAUAUAUAGGCACAUAUUUAUGUAUAAAUAAUAAGUAGCAGGUGGUCUUCGGUCUUCGCCCAGCAAGGGCUUCCGAGCCAGCAAUAGCCCAUGUCCACGGGGGGGGGGGGGGGGGUGCGUCCAAAACCCAGACCUGGCUUCCCAGCAGCUCCCCCACUGGGGCCCCCGCCGCCCACGGGCCGGCGAGCUCUCACCUCGCGCCCGGGGCCGAGCUCUUCAGAGGCCGGGGAGGGCGCGCCGAACACCCUGCGCUACCAGGUGGCGAAAUCGGAAAGCAACUGUAAAUAACAUCGCAGAGGGAGUGUAAUAUAUUCGUCCAGCUAUAAGAUUAUUAUUUCACAGAAGCCUUAUAACGCUGCUUCAUAUAAGAGAACGAUUACCAAAAAACAGCGUUUUACCACGCAGCGACUGGGGUAGGUUUCAGAUGAGUCACUGUUAACAGAUAGGGUAGGGUCAGCUUCACUGCUGCAUUUUGUACACUUAACAGCUUCUCACACAUAACCGAAACGCGCAUGGUUUGAUUGAAACAUGUUUAACCUGAUCCUGUGCCUUAGGAAGUCACGCCCCCUCCUGGAACCAGCCUGAACUGCAGCCUGGGGCCCAGGCCGACACCGACAGCAAAAGGGGGUGGGGGGAGCUCGCCUGCCGGAAGGAUGCUUUUUUCAACCUCCUUUUCUGUAUGACUAUGUCUAGCGUUUUUAACUCAGAAAAAAAACAAACCAAAACCCCGAAAGCCAUAUCGUCCCAUUUGCACAGGACUGUGAAGAACGGAAGCUCUGGCUGCGGGCACGUUCGGCCCUGCCCCCGGGCGCCCCCCGCCCUGUCCCCCGGAACCUGCCAUGCGUCCAGCGUCGUAGGCCUGCCUGCAUGAAACAUUUCUGACGGCUGUGCUCCGGCCAGGGAGCGUGUGAUGUUUGUGUCAGCUAUCUUUGUAGUGAGCAAAUAGUUGCAAUAAAGCGAUACUUUCUUGCGG